AUGUAAUGGGGAUAGAGUUUGGGGAUAGGGCCAGUGUACACCUGGAACACAAUGUAUCUCUCGUGUCUAUAUCUCCAUGCUGUGAAGAUCUUGGUGUAACUCUGUGAGGUUAGGCUUGGAGAACACUAAAUGACAUAGGGAAAAACUUAUGAUUGUGAAAAUGUUUGCUGACGUUUCCACCUUGAGUGAAAUUGAGAACUCAGGAGAAAAUUGCUCUCAAUAUUAGACUUACUUUGUAAAAUUGUAAUAGCUUGAUUAUCAUAUGCAGCCCAUUUGUGACCUCCUAAGUCCAACCUCCACCAUGAUCUGAUGCAAUUGAAUAUAGGAUUGCACUACGGACCAGCUACAGCAUGAAAAGGCAAGAAUGUUGACCAAUCACUUUAUUACAAAACAUGCGAUUCUGUCUGUGACAUUAUCAUAGACAUUUCAAACAUCACACAGUCAUUCGCUUGAACAUGUAUUAUAAGAAACAAUUCUGAUUUAGGAGGAAUAGUCUGGCCAUAGGCUCUGCUUAUCAAGUCGAAAGCACUCCUCCAAAAGGCUGCUAGCUUAGGGCAAGACCAAAACAUAUGGCUAUGGUUGGCAGGAGAUUGAUUACAUCUGUUGCAGGUGUCCCUAACAGCGGGGUAAAUUCUAGAUAAUCUUGCAUUUGUGUAGUGGACUUUGUGAAGGACUUUGCAUUGGAUUAGGCCAUGACGGGCACAUAUGGAGGAAGAAUGGAUCAAAUCCAAGGCAGUCCCAUUGCUGGUCUGUUAGUUUCGUAUUCAGCUCACCCUCCCACGCAGCUUUUAAUGAGAUAUGAGGUUUCAAUAUAACCGACCCUAACAAGUUAUACAAAACAGAGAUGCAUUUCUUCUGCACCCACAGAUGUUAUAGGAAGGGGGAGUUGGGAGCAUAGGACAGACCGCAACGGGAGAUGUGAACUCGCCUUUUCCAUGUGUACCCAGGUCGGUAGGUGGUCGCAAUCAUCAUUCAUCCAAUACAGGAGUUUUUGCAAGUUAGCUGCCCAAUAGUAUCGCCUAAAGUCAGGAAGUGCCAAACCGCCGUCACUCUUAGGAGGCUGCAGUAUCGCCUUUCGGAUUCUAGCCGGUUUGCUACCCCAUAAAAAUUUAGAUAUUGUCCUUUCUAAUUUAUCAAAAAAAGAUUUAGUGAUAAGUAUAGGGACGUGCUGGAAAAGAUACAGGAAUUUGGGUAGGACGACCAUCUUGACCAGAUUUAUCUGGCCCACGAGGGAUAGCGGUAAAACUAACCAGCGGUCAAAAUCUCUUUCAGCUUUCUCAACCAGAGUUAGAAAGUUUGUGCGGAGCAUAUCAGAUAAAGGUGUUGUGAUAAAGACGCCGAGGUAGCGAAACCCGUCCUCUGCCCAUUUGAAUGAGGUUAAAGAGCGAGGGAGCUGCUUAGCCAAUGAGCUAAUCAGUAAUAGCUCACUCUUUUGGUAGUUAAGUUUAUAACCAGAAUACGCACCAAACCGUUCUAAAAUAUUCGUUAUCACAGGGAGAGAGCCGACUGGGUUUGACAUGUACAGCAGCAGGUCAUCCGCAUACAAUGAGACUUUAUGAGUUGCGUCGAACCGUGUAAUACCUUUAAAGCCUUUCUCUGAGCGUAACCAGACUGCCAAGGGUCUAUCGCGACAGCAAACAGGAGUGGUGAUAACGGGAAACCCUGUCUGAUACCUCUCUGAAGGGGGAAGUGGGGCGACAGUGUGCCGUUUGUUUGUACUGAGGCCACCGGGGACGAGUAUAAUAGACUGACCCAAAGAAUAAAACUGUUACCGAGGCCAAACCUGUCCAUCGCCUCAUAUAAGUACCUCCAUUCGACCCUGUCGAAAGCUUUUUCGGCGUCGGUCGACUAUCCUUAUGUUAUUUCAGCGGCUCCUGCCUUCCAGGCCGAUAAGCUUAGACUUUAGCUUGGCGUUCUCUUUGGUCACCGUAGUUAGCAUUAUCGCUAUAGCUCGUAUGUCUUGGCUGGUGGUAUCUGCAAAAGACUCUAAUGAUGAAAGACGGUGUUGGUGAUCUAAAAUUGUGGUCUGGAUAUUGUCCAGCUUCGUUUCCAGUUUGGUGAACGCUGCGUUGAAUUCUGCCAGUAGCGAUACCUUGUGCUCUGUUAACAUGGCUGCUAGCGUGGCCAUGCCGAUGCUGGUCAUCGGGUCUUCCGUCUAUUGCUCCACUUUCUUUCCUCUGCCUGGCAUCUUUACGGCGUGGAAACGUGUAACUACUCUAACAUGUCGCCCCCAGCGGAUCCUACAAGAAACAAUUCUAACUUCAGUUGUGAAUGGCAUUAAUGACACUUGCCUUUGCCCAGGCUGGUUAGCAUUCAGCAAAAGCUUUUCUCUUUACGUCAGAAACUUGACACUGAAUUAAACUGAAUUGAACUGGAAGGGACACGAUUUAUUCUUAGAGGUUAUGACGGUCUUGGUGCAAACUGUACGGUUUGGUUUGGAGAACACUGAAAGUUGCAGAAGAAAUUGAAUGAUCAUGAGAAUGGUGACUGGCGGGUUUACCUUGUGUGAAACUCAGGUGAUAAUUACACUCAACAUUGGAAUAACUGAAUAAUACAGCAAUUAUCAUAUCUGCUCGUUUGUGUUCUCCCCAACCCAAAACUCAUAGUUUGAAAUUGCCAAACCAUCCAAAUCACAGUGGCACAGAUGUUAGAGCUGCCUGAGACUAGGGUUCAAUCCUGACCUCUGGUGCUCUCUGGGUGGAGAUAGCACGAUCCCUGUGGCCACGUGGAUUUCCUUCAGGUGCUCUGGUUUCCUAGUACCACAUCCCACAAAUGAGCGGGUUGCAGGUUACUUGACCUCCAUAAAUUGCCUGGAGUGCGUAGGGAGUGGACCGGAAAGUGAGAUAACAGAACUAGCCUGAACGGGAGAUCAAUGGUCGGUGGACGGAGGGUUGAAGGGCCUGUUUCCAUGUUGUAUCUCAAAACCAAACUCAAUCAGAACAUCGCUACAGAUGCAAGAAGAUUGACAUAUAAUCAUCAUUACAAAACAACAGAUUAUCUCAUUUCCCAUUGCCGUUGACAUUUGUUAACCUCCAAUAACCUUUAGAAAAAUGAGGUUCCAUGCCUCAUGGCUCAUGUUUGAGCUCAGUAAAUUCCCAUUUUACUUUGCCGAAAUUAGGUUUAAAACAAGGUGGAUUUUACAGUGACGCAAACACUUUCAACAGAAGUGAUGUCUGAACCCUGAGAAGGAGAGGAAGAGGAAGGUCCUGUACUUUCAUAAGACACAGCGUUAGUUAUUGCGCAAAGUGAGACUGGGGAAUUCAGUGUGUCGCCGUGCUUGGAGCUUUGCUGCCCAGUCUCUGGCCUCGUUCACCAGUCUCUUCCCACAAGAGAAUGCACAAAAUGAGGCCGAGGUUUCUCUGCGGCAGUUUGCCAAUUGGUUUGAUGUUCGGUUUCUUUGUUUUCCUGCUUCGACCUGUUUCAACUCAGAAAUACAGACAUCGAAUGUAUUUCUUGGAUAACGGAGCCGACAUUGUGUUAAACGGACCGGACAAUCCCGAGAAAGACUCUGUUGUUGUCUGGGAAUGGAAACCACACUCAGGGAAGGAAGUCGAGAAUUUGGCGACUUUUAGAAGAAAAGGGAACUAUUGGAGUAAAGUGGACUUGUACCCGGAGAUGUAUGUAAAUCACGGUACACUUGAUCUGACAAUUUAUAAUCCCACAUUUAAACUGGCAGGAUUUUUCACUUUGGCUCAAACAGAACCGAGAAAACAAAUCCUGAAACAAUAUGAAAUAUUUGGGAUCAAAGUUGAGGCAAGUCCACAGCGCCCUCUGCUGGGUGGUGACGUCACACUCAGCUGCACCAUCUCCAGACUCUCAGAUACAGUCAGUCUUCACUGGAGACCAAUGGACUCAUCCCAGCAGAACAGGAGCAACACUGAUCAGAUCCGCCUGAAUAACACGGUCUAUCUGAUGAUCCGACAUGUUACAGUGGAGGAUGGGAAGUUGUAUGUGUGUGAAGUGAAGGAAAACGGAAACAUCGUUCUCACCAGUAAUGGAGAUUUUACUGUAAACACGUUUUUAUAUAAGGAGAGAUGCACGCUUUACCGCUCCAACACAGAUCACAGUGAACUUCACCUGGUUUGUUCUCCUAGUUAUAUCUAUUCCACUGCUCGGUGGACCUGGACAUCUCGUCGCCUUCAACAACAACAAAAAGUAAUAGCAACUGCCGUAGGCUCUCAGCCCAUCAAUGUCAACCGGACCUACUUCCGGAAUCGACUGAUGACCUCAGUGAAACACUUCAAUGGCAAGGAUUUCAGUUUGAGGAUUGUCCCGAUUUUGUUUCAAGAUGCCGGACCUUACACAUGUUCAAUAGGAACAUAUCCAUAUCUGACAAUUGAUCUAAUCACCGUGAAAGUCACAGCAGAAACGUCUGAUGCAGUGACUGAGGGAGACACCGUUACACUGACCUGCUCUGUGUCUCACGUUACUGAGUCAAUGAGACUGGUUUGGAUCAAUGGCGAUGGCAAAAGUGUUGGAGAAAUGUCACUGACUGUGGAAGAGAAAUCACAGAAUCUGGUUAUUCAGAAAGAUGAGAGAGGCAGAGGGAACUGGAGAUGUGGUUUGUUUCAUCAAGACCUGCCCCGGCUUUUUGUCCCGUACUAUCAGGAGCCCCGUGGAUGUGGAGAUUCUAUUUACUUUUUCCACCAGGAAGGCAACUUUGUAAUGAAAGGACCAGACAGUCCUGGAAAUGGCCCCAUUGACUGGGAAUGGAGGCCACACUCAGGGCAACAAACCACAAAGCGAUUGGCCACUUUUCACAGAGAAGAUCAGCAGUGGGCCGUACAAUGGAGUGAUGAGUACAAUCAAAUACCAGGCAUUUCCCAGAGCAUGCGUGUGGACUGGGGUACCCUUGAUCUGAGGAUCAGGAAGCCCAUCUUUGAACUUGCAGGACUAUUCACCUGGACUCGAGCAGAGCCCGGUGGGAAAAUCCUGAGACAGUGGGAACUAUUUGGGAUCAAAGUUGAGGCAGACUCACCGAGGCCAGUAAUGGGCAGUGACAUCACCCUCAGCUGUACCAUCUCCAGACUUCCAGAUACCGUCAGUCUUCACUGGAAACCAAGAGGCCCAUCUCAGCAGAACACGAGGAACAACACUGAUCAGAUCCAUCUGAUUAACACCGUAUAUCUGAUGGUCCAACACGUUGGAGCAGGAAGUCCCAAUCUGUACACAUGGGAAGUGCUGGAAAAUGGCUCCAUUGUUCUCACUGGAGACACCAAUGUUGAAGUGGAUCAGGGUUUACAUAACAAGACGUACACAGUUUAUCGCUCAGUUACAGAUCACAGUGAACUCGACCUGAUUUGUGAAGCUUCUCCUGAUCUCAGUGAAACUAAAUGGACUUGGAGAUCACAACAUUUCCAGAAUCAAGAGAAGGAAAUAACUUCUUCUCACAGGUCUGAGCCGAUCCAUGUUGACAGGAGCUACUUUGGGAAUCGACUGGAAACCGCAGAGGGAAAUGUGAAUGGCAAGAAUUUCCAUGUGAGGAUUGUCCCCAUACAAUUUGAAGAUGCUGGAGUUUACACAUGUUCCACGGGAUCAAAUAUAUAUGUGACCAUUGACCUAAUCACUGUUACAGCCACAGUCGAACCAUCUGAUGCAUUAACAGAGGAAAACAAUGUAACACUGACCUGCUCUGUGUCUGGUGUUGCUGAAUCAAUGAGACUCUCUUGGAUCAACAGUGAUGGCAAAAGUAUGGGAGAGAUAUUUUUGAACAAGUCAAGAGAGAAAGUGUGGUCUUUGCAGCUGAUUAUUCCAAAAGCUGAGACAGUGAGAAGGAAAUGGACAUGUGGAUUGUUUCAGCGAAACAGCCUCAAGCUGAGAAAUUCAAUCUAUCUUAAGGUGAACGUGAGAGCACUUCAAGACAUUAGGAUCAUCACAGUUCUGCGAUAUUUGUUGAUUAAACUGGCCGUUGCACUUGGACUAAUUUCCUACUCAUGGAGAAUGAACAGGAGCUGCAGAAAUCCACGGGAAGUUACAGGAAAUGUCACAAACAAUUCAAACGAAGCUGUCGCAUUGCAGACCUUGAAAUCUUGAGAGAUCAGAAUGAAUGACCCAGCGCAGAAGAGACCAUUCAGCCCAUCAGGCUCAUGCCCAAGGAAAUCUGUGUUUCUACAAAAAUAUUGAGCCGAACGGAGACUUUCUAAAUAGAUAUGUGGGUUUAUUGGGCAUUUACUUUGUGCUUGUUUGAUAUGUUGCUGGUGUCGUUUCUAUCCCACAGUGAACAUGUCAACAGUCUCGGUGCUGGUUAUUUCAAUUCACAAAGACCAUCUCCUCAGGUCAGUGUGAAAUGUGUAUGAGGGCAACUCAUGCUGACUUUGGGGUGAAUUCCUGACCUACACUUGUGUCCAGUGAGGUUCCACACUUUGACACAUUUUUAUAGCUGCAGGGAAUGAUGGUGACCCAACUGUGUGUGGAGCUUGAUGGGAUGUGGAUUUUGAGACUGUGCGUUGCUAGUGAGUGACCUCAGCUGGAUUAAGUGUUGAAUUAAGCAGAGCCGUUCGAAUGGGAAGGUAUGAAACAGGGCUCGGUGAUCAUGGGGUCACCCCUGAUUCUGUUCACACAGUGAGAGUGGAACCCUGGUAGAAGGCAGUCUCCACACACUAACCCAGGGAACUGUUUUCAGCAGAGUGCAAACAGUCUGCAUUGGAAAGUCAGCAAUAUAAUUACUGUCAGACGUGUCCUUGCUACCAGCUAAACCCUGCAUUCACUCACCACCAUACUGAGCUCAAUCCAUCAAUGAUCCAAUGAAGCAUUUCUUCAGCAAAUAACCAACUCGCUUUCCUGACUGCAGUCCCUGCCUCAAUGAUCCAACUGCUGACAUCUACUGGUGAAUGACCCACUCAUGCUUUCUGAGUGCUGUGACAUUAUCGCCUCUCCUAACUGUCGUAGGUCUGUCUUGUGCGCAGACCCCAUCCUGACUGCAGUAACAGACUGACUGCAGCCCCUCUGACUGCAGUAAAAUUGUGCUGGAAACAUAACAAAUUUAGGGUAAAUUCCUGCUGUGAUAACCAAUAGAAACUGCAGAACUCCCUUUGACGGUGCCUGAGACGGGCCGGGAAGAUCAUUAAAGACCCCUCCCACCCCAACCAUGGACUGUUUGCCCUCCUCCCAUCAGGGAGGCGGUACAGGAGCCUCAGGUCUCGUACUAAUAGGAUGAGGAACAGCUUCUACAAUAAUACCAUCACAUUGCUGAACUCGGAGUCCCGCCGAUAGAUUUAUCCAGUCUCUCCGUCCACAUUGUUUAAUUAUUCUGUAUUUUUAUUUCUAUAUUGCACUAUUACUAUGGACUGACGCUAAACUGCAUUUCGUUGUACCCAUACUUGUAUUUGUGCAAUGACAUUAAAGUUGAAUUGAAUUGAAUUGAAUUGAAUUGAUCUAGCACAGUUUUCACGCUCUCCCUCCCACGUGAACUUUGGCAAACAUCAUUUCAACUCUCUCCCUGGAGUACCUGUGUCAGUCUAUAGAUUUAAUAUUCAUUAUUGCAAUUGAUACAAAAUGUUUAAGUAAAAAAAUUACAUAUCUUACUCCCAAAUGUCUUGCUAUUGAACUAAUCCAAUUCAAUGCAUUGUGUAAACAAUCCUUCUGCAUGUCAAUAUUUCCCAAAGCAAUUCAGGCCACUGUCCUACAUAUAUAUGGAUAAUGCUACACUGGGGAAGUGCAUGUUAUUUCUUUGGAAGAAAGACAAUUGCAGGGAGAGUUAAUGGAACUGGGCACAAUUAUAAUGAUUAAAUAAAGGUAUGAUGAUUUUUGUUCCAGGAAUUUUCAAGGAGCAGGGUCCACAGAUUUGUCCAGGCUGAUUUCAAGUCUGCAGAGCGAAGCACAGUUAUCAGGGAAGCACCCACUUUCUCCCCUCUCACCCCACUGUCCCUCCUCUUUCACUCCCUCACUCUCUCUCUCUCUCUCUUUCUUUUUUCUCUCUCUCUCUCUCUCUCUCACGCCUCUCUCUCGUGUCUCUUCACCCCCCCUACCACUUUCUCCAGGGCUGAGCUGGGAUAGCCCGGAGCGCUGUCCAGGCAGGCAGAUGCAGUCCGUGGUGCUGGUCUUCAACUCCCCCUGGCCUGUUUGCUGGCAACAGGAAUCAGAUCGGCACUUGGGGAUAACCUGUUGUCAUAUCCUUUUAUAUACUGAUAAUCAAUUUGGCUUCUCAUCAAUCUUCUCUACCAAAGCUUUCCUCAACAUCUCUUGUUGCCCUCCUGACUUACUUCUUGUAAACCUAUAUUCUUCUAACAAUUCACUUGAUCCCAGCUGCUUGCACCUGACCUGACCUUGCCUCUUUAUUUCUGACCAGAGGCCCAAUAUGUCUUGUCAUCCAGGGUUUCAUACUCAUUCCUGCCUUGCUCUUCACUCUAACAGCAACCUGCAGACCUUGAACUAUCACUAACUCACUUUUAUAAGCGUCCCACUUGCCAGGAGUCACUUUGUCUGCAGACAACCUUCUCCGAUCAACUUUUGUAAAACCAUCAACAUUUUUAACCAAAUCGAAGAAUUUUCACUUCUUCCAAAGUGUUUCGACAUUGAGAACUCAAUCAUAUGUUCUGCCCUAUUUCCCCAAAGUCGAUCAAUAUUGCCCUCUCUCUCGUGGGGCCCCCUAUUUCCUGGGGAAAUCUUCCUGAAGACACUUGACAUUAAUCAUUCUCUGUCAGCCCUCAGCACUAUAGGGGUCCCCGUCUUCAUUAGGAAAGUUAAAAACUCUUCAAACACCCUGGAUAAUUGUUCCUUUAAUUCCCUUUGACUAUUUGAGGACCUACAGUAGAAUCCCAUCACUGUGAUUGAACCCUUUUCAUUUAUGAGCUCCACCCAUAAACCUUCACUGGAUAAUCUUAUAGUGAUUUCAUUUUGCACUGCUGUGAUGUUCUCCUUGAUCUACAAUCAGACAAAUCGCACAGGUGUUUCCUCCCAAUCCUCCACUGUGUGAGUGGCCAAUGUAGUCAUGCCAGGUAACCAUAAACUCACGUGAUCACUGAGCCCAGUUUCAUUCCUUCCCAUUUAGUUAUAAUGACAGACAAUGGUGACAUAGAAACAUAGAAAAAUAGGUACAGGAGUAGGCCAUUCGGCCCUUCGAGCCAGGACCACUAUUCAAUAUGAUCAUGACUGAUCAUCUGAAAUCAGUACCCCAGUUCCUGCUUUUCCCCCAUAUACUUUGAUUCCUUUAGCCCUAAGAGGUAAAUCUAACUCUUGAAAACAUUCAGUGAAUUGGCUUCCCCAACAGAUUCACAACUCUCUGGGUGAAGAUUUUUUCCUUAUCUCAGCCCUAAAUGGCCUACCCCUUAUUCUUAAACUGUGACCCCUGGUUCUGGACUCCCCCAACAUCGGGAACAUAUUACCUGCAUUUAGCCUGUCCAAUCCUUUAAGAAAUUAAAUGUUUCUAUAAUAUGCCCUCUCAUCCUUCUAAAUUCAAGUGAAUGCAAGCCCAGUGGGCCCAUUCUUUCAUCAUAUGUCUGUCCCGCCAUCCCGGGAUUUAACCUGGUGAACCUACGUUACACUCCCUCAAUAGCAAUAAUGUCCUUCCUCAAAUUAGGAGAACAAAGUGCACACAAUAUUCCAGAUGCGGUCUCACCAGGGCCCUGUACCUGCAGUAGGACCUCCUUGCUCCUAAACUCAAAUCCUCUCGCAAUGAAGGCCAACAUGCCAUUAGCUUUCUUCACUACCUCCUGUACCUGCAUGCUUACUUUCAGUGACUGAUGUACAAGCACACCCAGAUCUCGUUGCACUUCUACUUUUCCUAAUCUGCUCCCAUUCAGACAAUAAUCUGCCUUCCUGUUCUUGGCACGAAAGUAGAUAACCUCACAUUUAUCCAUAUUACACUGCAACUACCAUGCAUCUGCCCACUCACCCAACUAUCCAAGUCACCCUGCAGCC